UAUAUGCCAACAAGUCAUUUUCAAUUCCUAGUGACCACACAGAUUUUUUUCCCCAUGACCGUUUGUCUCUAACUUGAUCUUUUGGGUCUUUUUGUCCUCUUACUUAGAAAUUAAGUAUUGAUCAAAAUGAAAAUAAAGAACUCCUACUCUAGGGCCAUAAUGUUGACAUCCUCAACAAGGAGCACAACAGUUUCUGAGCAUUAUCACUGCUACAGUUCCAAGUUCUGUCCUUUCGCUAACAAUUGCCAACCGAUAGUGGAAUCGCGUCUUUGCCCGUGACUGUAGGACCGCCCCCGUAUCUCCUGCCUUUUGCGAAUGCGCAGUUAAUACCUUUGAAGCCGAAAGGGUGAGACGAAGUUGCCCGUCCAAAGGGCGUCCAGAAAAUGUUCUCGUUCAGGCGAGGUGGGAGAGUCGCGAGGCCCGGGCUACCUGCGUAAGCUCCUCCUCCGCCCAUCUUUUGUAUUGCACGCACGCACGCACGCAGUUGCCUGAAUGAGGAUCACGUGUUUGAAGUUGGUGCCUGUUUUUUUUUUUUUUUUUUUUAAAAGAGACCAAACCAAGGCGGUCGACCGUCUGCUUAGCGGUGCCGCUUUGUUAAGGCGGCUGCGUCCCACCGGUACAGAAGCACCGGGCCGAGAGACUCCUCGCCAAAAUGGCAGAUCUGAACCGGCAACUGCAAGAAUAUUUAGCUCAGUCCAAGGGCGGCGGCUCGACGGUUUUGUCAGUUCCUCAGACCCCUCCUCAGGACGAGGCAGAAGAAACCGACUCGGGCUUGGGCGUCUGGCUGCGGCGCAUGAACCCUUUCCCUGCGACAGAAACGUGGUCGGGGGCGGCCGAGCCGGAGCCGGAUCCGUGGCUACCGACAGGGAUGUCCCGUUGGCAGAGACUAGUGGGAAGUGCCCUGUGUCUUCUGCUGGCUGCUCUCUGUUUCGGCCUCGCCGCGCUUUAUGGCUCGCUCCUGCUGCUUCGGAAGUUCGCGCUGCUCUGGUCCUUGGGCUCGGCCUUUGCGUUGGGAGCCGCUGGUUUCUUGCGGGGCCCGAGUCGUUUCCUGGGCGAUCCUGACCGGCGCGGCCUGGCUCUCCUGUAUUUGGCCUCCGUGGGCGGAACUCUGUACGCUGCUCUCGGGCUCCGAAGUACGCUGCUCACGGUACUGGCUGCUGUAGUUCAGCUGGGAGCCGGAGGAGCCUACUUGUUUUCCUCGUUGCCUGGCGGUUCUGCCGGGUUGCGCUAUGUCGGCAGCUUCCUGGGUAGCUUCGUGCGACGAAGUGUUUCUAAAGCUCUUCCAGUGUGAGUUAAUCUGUCGUCUGCAGUCCAGCUCCCGGGCUUGGGAAGACUGUUCCUUGAGGAGGCAACCGGGGCCACUUUUCAAAGUAAUGAGCAGAGCAGGAUAUGCAGCCUGAAUCCCAUCACUCCUUGAACAGAAAGUUUCUUCUGCGACUACUUGGUGAAUUCCAGGAGACAAAAGACCGGGAGAUAAUGCAGUUCCCUCACUGUGGCUGUUUGCUUGCUGAGAAGUAUUAAAGUAGUAAAACAAAAGAUGUGACUUAAAACUGAAUUACCUACGUUGGCAGGUAGAAGGAGCCAAAGGUUUUGUAGUCUGUGUGUUCCUCCUACCAUUGCACAAACUACCCCAUUAACCAUUUUUAAAAUGUACAGCCUCAUGAUUUCUCUCACUCUUGGGCUAUAAGAGAGGCAGCUGAACAUUUCCUUUACCUAUUCGUUAUUGAAGUGUUUUCCUUCUUCUGACACAAUUUUGGGGUGGGUGUGAUUAGGAUGCUGUCAAUAAUUUAAUUGAUGGCGUUAUUGGACUGGGAUUUGUCCAGCUGCUCUUAGCCUUUGAACUGCUGUGCAACUUCUCCACUCCAGUCAGUGGUACUGCCUUAUUGGCCAUUUUGUCCUGAACUGCAGAACAGACCUGGGUUAGAUGAGGUUAGGCAUAUUGUUCGUUAAAGAUGUGCUCCUUUAGAAUAUUAUCUGUAUGGUGAAAUUAGCAUGUAAAGCCAUACGCAUGAACAUAUUUUCUGUACAUGUUCUGGAAUCCUAUUUCUCAAGAGUUUUUGCCUUGUUGAUCAUUCCCACUUCCUUUAUUCUAUACUCCUUUUGUGCAUUCCAACAAUGGAAUGGUAAAUAUAUUUCUGAAGAGCCAGUUUGAAGGGAAAAAACCCCACUAGUGUCAACUGUCUCUUGCUGUCUCUCAUUUUACGUUGCUGUGUUUCUUGUUUCUCUCACAUAGUUCUUCCCUCUUUACAUCUUUCAAGAGUUCUAGACUGAUGGUCAGAGGUGAGCUGAUGGACUAGUUAGAAGUACAAAUCAUCUUGGUCCCUGUGAACUUGAAAGAUCACCAAACCUUUGCUCCAGGUUCCCAAUUUGUCGGCAUGAUGGGAAAGGGUUGCCCAGUUAAACAGGAGAGCGUUCCCACUGAGCAGCCAGUGCAACAUCAGCAGGAAAAGGCUGCGCUGUACAAGACUUCAUUCUAUUGCUUUCCUACCAGCCCCUCUUACGAUUCAACUGGGUCUGGAUCUGGCUAUCUGAAAUAUUUGCCCAAUAUAAAUUAGGGCAAGUGAUUGUUUUUUCCUGACGGAAGUGAAUACUCACUUAGCAGGAGAAAUGGACUGAGAGGAAUCUACAAAUUAUUUUACUUCAAUUGUCCUGUAUUAAAAGUGUAAGAACAACCCAGUUUGCUUUGUUACUACGUCUACAAACUACAUAAAUUCAGGGUUGGUGUCACAAUUUUGCAGUGCAAAUGUAUAUUUUAUUUUUCUUAAAAUUGUAGUCUGCAAAGCAUACCUCUUACAUGUUGUUCUCUGAAGUCAAAAGCAUUAAAUCUAGGGAAGUAGGCUUAAAAUUUAACUUAAAUGCUUAAUAAACUAGCACAUUCUAGAAAAUAAUUUCUAAUUAAAUACAGGUAGUCCUUGACUUACAAGUUCAUUUAGUCUCUUGCUGUCACAAGGUACAAUGGCACUGAAAUAAUGGCACAUUUUACAUUUACAACAGCAAACCGAUAGGUCAGCAGCUGAGUUGUGGCAUAUAAAAUUUCCCAUUAUUGAAAAUGCAAGUGAUAUACAAAGUUUUUUAGAAAUUGUUUUUUCAGUCAUAGUCUCUCACAGAUCUGCUACAAUUUCAAAUGGAACCUUAAAAGUUCUGUGGAACUUCUAUUCCCUGGUAUAAUGUGACAUAUGAGGAAAAAUGUUAUUUUAAAAACUUAAUAGAAUGUCUAAAAUGUGGUAUGUUUUAUGUUAAAAUCAAAGGACAUGGAAGUAUAUUGUGCCAAAUGUACCAAUCUAGUAGCUAUUUUUUUU